AGAUUAUAUCUGCCUCGAAGCUUCAUUAUCUAAGUCAGGAUCGCUGUCUCGCGGUUACUGUGUAGUAAGGGAAACUACUCUGUACAGGCCCAGGGGCUCUCUUUUCUUUGUUAUGAAUGAUUUAACUGAAUGACAUCACUUUUAUCAGUUAUAUGUUAUGGCCCCGGAAACCCAGGGGGGGGGCUGUCCAUCACUGCUAGGCUAUACCCACUUAUCGGGAAGAGCAAGGAGCAGUGAACUCAAUGGGAACUCCUGUCUGAUAGCGUUGCACGACCAAUGUCAUCUUCGCUCGAGCUUCCCGGCUGCCGGAGCGCGUCUGCUUUAAAGGAGGCGGGAGCUGUGUGGGUGUUUGCUGGUGUUUCUUCUUUCGUUUUUUUUCGCCGGCUCCGCCGAGGCAAAUUCACUUCCAGGUCGAGGGUGGCAGCUGGGCUGGGGGGCCCCGACUCGCUCCUGCCGGUGGUCGGGGCCCGCCCCUGAAGAGCAGCAGCAGCAGCAACAGCAACAGCAACAGCAACACCAGCAGGAGACUGAGCACGGAGGGUCCCCGGCGCAGAAAUGGAAGAGGCUUCACCAUAUUCUCUGCUUGACAUCUGCUUAAAUUACCUAACUUCCGACCUAGAGAAGUUUUGUACAGAAAGGCAUGAUGGAACACUGUGUUUGCAAGAGCCUGGAAUAUUUCCACAAGAAGUGGCUGAUCGAUUGCUGCGAACGAUGGCAUGUCACGGACUGCUGAAUGAAGCGACAGUGGGCAUUUUUCGAGGGAAUCAGAUGCGCUUGAAACGAGCUUGUAUCCGGAAAGCAAAAAUCUCUGCAGUGGCUUUUCGGAAAGCGUUUUGCCACCACAAGCUGGUGGAGCUCGAUGCCACUAGAGUGAAUGCAGACAUUACGAUCACAGACAUCAUCAGUGGACUUGGCAGCAAUAAAUGGAUCCAGCAAAACCUUCAAUGCCUUGUGCUGAACUCAUUAACUCUUUCCUUGGAAGACCCCUACGAAAGGUGCUUCAGUCAGCUGAUGGGUCUCCGUGCUUUGAGCAUUACCAAUGUUCUCUUUUACAAUGAAGACCUAGCUGACGUGGCUUCGCUUCCCAGAUUAGAAAGCUUGGAUAUAUCCAACACCUCAGUCACCGACAUAACUGCACUGCUCACCUGCAAGGAUCACCUCAAGUCUCUUACCAUGCACCACCUGAAAUGCUUGAAAAUGACAACCACUCAGAUUCUGGAUGUCAUAAGAGAGUUAAAAUUCCUGAAUCACCUUGACAUUUCGGAUGAUAAACAGUUCACAUCCGAUAUUGCACUUCGUUUAUUAGAACAGAAAGACAUAUUGCCCAACCUUAUAUCUUUGGACAUUUCAGGAAGGAAGCAUGUUACUGAUGAAGCUGUAGAAGCAUUUGUUAAACAGCGACCCUCAAUGCAGUUUGUGGGCCUGCUGGCUACAGAAGCUGGCUACUCAUUAUUUCUCAGUGGUGAAGGAAACUUAAAGGUGUCUGGAGAAGCCAAUGAAACUCAGAUUUCCGAAGCUCUGAAGCGUUACAGUGAGCGAGCGUUCUUUGUGAGGGAGGCACUCUUUAAUCUCUUCACCCUUACGCAUAUUAUGGAAAAAACCAAACCAGAAAUUCUAAAGCUUGUAGUUAUUGGGAUGAGGAAUCACCCUCUGAACUUGCCAGUGCAAUUAGCAGGGAGUGCCUGUGUGUUUAACUUGACAAAACAAGAUUUAGCUGCAGGCAUGCCUGUUAGGCUUCUGGCAGAUGUCACUCACUUGCUCCUUAAGGCCAUGGAACACUUUCCCAAUCACCAACAGCUGCAAAAGAACUGCCUCUUGUCACUUUGCAGUGACAGGAUACUUCAGGAUGUUCCAUUUAACAGGUUUGAAGCAGCCAAGCUUGUCAUGCAGUGGCUUUGUAACCAUGAAGAUCAGAAUAUGCAGAGAAUGGCAGUGGCUAUCAUCUCCAUUCUGGCUGCAAAGCUUUCAACAGAACAAACAGCUCAACUUGGUGCAGAGCUCUUCAUUGUUAAGCAACUACUUCAAAUUGUGAAGCAAAAAACUAACCAGAAUGUAGUAGACACUACUCUUAAGUUUACACUGAGUGCACUUUGGAAUCUUACUGAUGAGUCCCCAACCACAUGUCGGCACUUUAUUGAAAAUCAAGGGCUGGAACUCUUCAUGAAAGUCUUGGAGUCUUUUCCGUCGGAGUCUUCUGUCCAACAGAAAGUGCUUGGCCUUCUGAACAACAUAGCAGAGGUUAAAGAGCUCCACUCGGAGCUAAUGUGGAAAGACUUCAUAGACCACAUCAGCAAGCUGCUGCGUAGUGUUGAGGUGGAGGUCAGCUACUUCGCAGCAGGGAUCAUUGCUCACUUGAUAUCACGAGGAGAACAAGCCUGGACAUUGAGCCGCAACCAGAGAACCUCGCUCCUAGAAGAGCUGCAUUCUGCCAUUUUGAACUGGCCUACACCAGAAUGUGAAAUGGUGGCUUACAGGUCUUUCAAUCCUUUUUUCCCCUUGCUUGGCUGCUUCAUGACUCCUGGAGUACAGCUGUGGGCAGUGUGGGCCAUGCAGCACGUUUGCAGCAAAAACCCUGCUAGGUACUGCAGUAUGCUGAUAGAAGAAGGCGGUUUGCACCACUUGUUUAACAUCAAGGAAAACAGCCAGACUGAUCCAGAUGUUCAGCGAAUCGCUAUCUCGAUCUUAGAUAGUUUAGAAAAACAUAUCUUGCGUCAUGGGCGGCCACCUCCAUGUUAAAAACAGACAGAAGCUAACCCAAAGUGAAAGGAAAAUGUGACGGGGAAUAGGUGUGUAAAUUAUCCUCUAAUAAUCCCUUAUGAAGUAUCUCUAGUUGGAAUGGCUUCUGUUACAUUGAUCACCUUUGAAGCUUAUUUGCCAGCUGUUGUGGAAGCAGGUACCGUACAGCACACGGCUGGCAAACAUGGUCUUUAAUGGUCUCUGCAAUUGAAGGUUUUCACAAGGAUGUAGGAUUAAUUCCUAAACUGGUUGUGUGUAUUGGAUCACCUCUGGCUGUGGAAAAGUGGAGACUGUACAAUUCAAAUGCACAUCCAAAAUGAAACCUCUAGGAAUUUGUGAGUUCCAAGUACAGAAAUUCUGUUUCUGCUUGCUUCAUCCCUUCAAAAUAGUUGUGUUUUAAAUAGAACUGUUCACCAACUCAGUAUUUGAAUAGAACUACUUGUGCUUGUAACUUCAGCACUACUGAGCUCAAAACAAUAUUAUGUAUUCACGCAUUAAAACACAACUAGUUAUGAGUAAGGUGACCAAGGAUGUCUUGUUCCUCCAGGGACCUUUUCAAUCCAUAUGGAGCCUUCAGAAUUUGUUUUACACACAUUCUAGCAAGGGCACCUGAGUUAUGAAUUGACAGUUUAUCUUCCCCUAAUAUGCUGUAGUGAUAAUCUGCUUAUAGGAAGAAACUAGGUUCUGUUCCAGGCGAGCCAAAGGCAUGGGUGGGAAAGGAGUGAACUGCAUUUUUUAAAAUGAAGAAAAAAGAAAAAAAACACCAGUGCUAUUACACUUACUGAAACACUAAGGGUAA